AUGGCAUCGUCCGCGCUGAAACAAGAAGUAGAGCGGUAUUGCUUUACGUUCGGCUUGAUGCAUUCGCGGAAAGAGGACAUUAUGGGGAGGCUCGGCGAUUUCGAACGGGCCAUGGCGCGACCACCCUACAACGCCGACCCGGCCGAUGUACGUCGGUUUCUCACCCUUCAGAUGAAGGCCCUGAUUGAUCACGCCUUGGCUCAGCCGCAGCACCGAGACCACUUCUUCAUCAGUGAGAGAAACUCGGCAACAGCGCGCUCAGCCGCAAGGAAAUGGGAUAUUCCCCUGAAGCAGGUACUCUUUGGCAUUGCGCACGACCGCGGUAAACAAGGACAGCCCUUCUUUCGUGCGCUCAAGAAACUCGCCAAAAUUAGCCCGGUCUGGAACGAUUCUAUCUCUCUUGUCUGCCAAAUUGCGUCCGCUCGCCGGGCGAAAGAGGAUUUCGACAAGCGACCUGGGAUUCGCCGCUCUGCCGUGGGCCCAAUUCUCUCCGACAUCAACUUGGCUAUCGAGUCGCUUAAACCUACCCCAAAGGAUUCUGUCACUGCCACAGCGUCGCCCAUGUCAUCCAACCAGGCGGAAAAUACGGAGAAUGACGACAUGCCCGUCACCAGUGUCGAGGAUCAUGAUAUGGACGGGGAUGAUUUCAUCGUCACCGGCAUAGAUGAAGGUUUGCUGGCUGCUAUUGCACAACGGAUUGCCACUAUUAUCAUGAAUUGCAUGGACGAUGAUGCCAUGCAUGAGGAGAGCGUAGAUGAGGACGGCAUGGACGAGGAUGACAUAAAUGAGGAGUACACGGACGAAGAGGACAUGAACGAGGAGAAACCGAAUGAGGACGGCACGAGCGACAAUGGCGCCAUCGUGGUUGAAAACAAUUUCACCGGCAGCGAUGGCGACGUCGUGAGCAGUGGCGGCGAGAAAGGCGUGGCUAGCGAGCAAGCAAUGAGUAUGAUUCAGCCGAAUGAGAACUUAUCCGUUCAAGAGGUUACCGACGCGAACGAGAACGGCGUCUCAGCGGUCAGAGACAAGCCUUGA